UAGGAAUCUGUGGCAGCGUACCCAGGCUGUACCCCCUGCACCUCCCACUGGCACAACAAUAGCCACCAGCAGACAAUCCCUCACCCGCGAGGCAGCCCCCUCCUAUACAUCGGCUGUCAGCCCGCCGGGCCGGGGCCACUCGAAGCUGCUGAGGGGCGAGGAAAGAAGCACUCAGCGAUCGCCUGGGCAUCUGCCCAGCGCAGCUGGUAUCUGAAGGAGGUUUAUCACUUCUCCCUCCACCAUCCCAGACAAUACCGCUUUCAUCUUCUAUGGUGCACCGUAGCCCAUUCGGCACCCCCCAAAUCUCGACCUCCCGGUGUUAUGCGCUCAUCACCAACUGUGGCUGCCCGAGCUCGUGAGAGCCGCGCCCUCGAGCCAGGCCAGGCUUCCUCCUCAUCGCCCAUUGUUAUCCCAUCACCUGCUGCCUCACAUGCCCAGCAGACAGACCACCGCUUCAGACCAUACGAACAUCCGUCUGCCUUUCUCAAAUCCCAGAGCUAUGACCGUGCCGCACCACCGUCCUUCGCCUCGACCAGCUCCUAUUCGCCGUCGGUGGCCUCUUCGUCAACAACGAUCGCCCCCCUUUCACUCCCCGGCCGAGGCUUUGGCUGGGGUGGCGCUCAUAGGGAGGUCGAUACCUGCCUUGCGCCGUCUGCUCAUAUAUGGGAAGACUUUUACAACGAGUUCGAGGGGGUGCAUAUGGACGAGGACGGAGCUGAAAGCCGUUCAACCCCCACUUCGUCCGAGCCCCAAGCCACUCCACAGUCUUGCGAUGAGCUGUUUAGCUCGUUCUCCUUCUUCACCGCCCCAGAGCCAGCUGCUCCGGUCUGCCAACCCAUCUCUGCCACCGACGGCUCUUUUCCAUGCGCCGAGUUCCUCGACAUUCCCCCCAGUGCGACCAGCCAUGAUGCGUCCAUGCUGCCAGACUUGGCCGAUAUCGACUUUUCCAGACUUGACUGGCUGCCCGACUUGAUCGUCCCCGAGCCAUUGCCCGGGCCGACUCUUCAAACAAGCGGAGCUUCCACCGGCCAUCGUUCAACCUCCUCCCCCCUCACGUCAUCUUCAAACGAAUUGUCGUCGGUUAUGCCCGAGCCGGGCUGUAUCUCAGAUUCCCACAAAUCAGGCAAUUACGAACAUGAUGGUGUGGCGCAAGUGGCAGGCACGUCGUCCAACAGUGAUGGCCAUCAGACAGGCAGUCUCAGCGCAAAGCUUAACACGGGUGCACCGAAGGUCGAUGGGGAGGGGGGUGCAUGCGUCGAGGGAAAUGCUGUCAAGUCAGGGAACAAGCAUACGCCCUCAAACGACAAGCGUCUUGACAGCCCGAUCAUGCCGGCCGUUACUGCCCAUCCAGACUCGCCCCACCAGGCCUCUCCCUCCACUCAAGCACGAGGUCAAUCAACUGCAACGGAAGACUAUCCCGCGCUCAGUCAUGUCAAAGUUUGGGCAACCCCCAAAGAUCGCGAGGUGUUGCGUUUCCAAAAGAAUGUUUUGUCCAUUGCCACAGACUUUUACAUAGGGCUCGCAGCGUUGUUUGAUGAAACGGACAGAGAUGUGAUUAAGCUUGGCAUGACUCGAGCUAGCAUGAGCCAGGAUAUGUCACUGCAAGAUAUUGUGAAUGACAUGAAGGAGCUUUGUGGACGCUUGAUGGUAAAAAAGAAUGCGAUUACAGACUCGAUCGAGUCAUCCAACGAUUUUCUUUCACCAGACAAUACACCCCCUGCUUCAGAACCAGCCAAUGCAGCGAUGCGACCGCCCCCGAUCCCCCAGGCAUUGUCGCCGGGCAAGAAGCGCAAAACCCCCGGCUCUCCAUCUGCUCCACGGACUCCUCUUCCCCCUUCUAUCCCCGCUACGCCCUCUUCACCCGCCAGGUCCUGCCUCUUCACCGACCCCAACACCGCAUUGGCUACUCUUCCCGACCCAUCUUCCCUGCCACAGCCGGGCAAGGUAAUCCACGGUCCAUGGAAGACGGCCGAGGUGGAUCGGCUGCAGGGCUUGGUGCAAAUCUCAAAGAGGGCGGAGGACGGGGCACCCAAGGAGCACGUUGACUGGACAUGGGUGGUGUCCAACUUUGGACCGUCGAGGAAUAGACACCAGGUGUUGAUCAAGGCGGUAGAGCUGGGGCUGCGAGGUAUGUCGAGUGAAUCAGAACGAGGCUCCCAUGACUGA